GCUUUGUUUUUUGUUUGCCGGGAGCACCCUGUUCCAAUUGUACAAAAUUCCGGUCGCAUUAAAAUUAAAAUUAUACAAUAAAACGCGUAAAUUUGUUGAAAAAAACAUGUGCAAUAUGCUCCCAGCGCUGGUGUUGACCGAUGAGCAGUGACGGACGCAGCAAUUGCUCUACAACCAACCCACCACCCCCGCGCGUCAUCCAAAAACGUGACUAAUGCACUGCUCGCGUAGCCUCUCUGCUGCUGGCGCCGUGGACAACACAACAACAACAUUCUACACGGCAGCAGCAGCAACAUCGGCGUCGGCAGCAGCCUCGGCCAGCACAACGCCGACGUCGAACAAGACGACAACAAUGGCCACAACGGGGGUAACGGCGACCACAGGGCAAGCGGCAACAAAUGCUAAAGAUGGUAAGUUCCGCUUUUGGUCAAAGUCAAGCCCGCCUUCAACGAGCAGCACACCACAUCCCACUUCUGGCGUCACAAUGCGGGAGAAGAAAGGUGGAGCCCUGCAAAAGCUCAAGAAGAGGCUGUCCCAUAGCUUUGGCCGAUUAACAAUUUCCCGCGAAGAUGGCGAUGAGGCGACGCAUCAUCAUCACCAUCAUCAUCAUCAUCAUCGCGGCGGUCAUGGCGGGCAUCAUAAUCACGGUAAUAAAGUUCCAUAUAAUGGCUACAAUUCGGAGGAAUAUCUGGAUCGUCUCGAACCGAACGGCAAUAUACCCGCUGAUAAAACAAAUUGCAGAUAUGGAGCCCAAGAAUCUGCGAAAAAUGAUAAUAAGAAACCACAAGACUGGCGCAGCACGGACAGCACCGACCAUCAUGAUCGCGUCCAGAGGCAAUUGUCCGUCUCCUCCGACAGCAAGCUGCUCGACGAGGACAUUCGUGAGGAGAUGAAGUACCAUUCGCAUGUGGUCAUGCGUCCCAAGAAGCCGCCCAGACCCAAGUCCGAGGUAUUUCUCAACAAGCAGGAUCCACAUCCGCGACGCAAACGCUUCAGUGCAUUUGGUGGCGACUCCCCAUUUGGGAAACAGGAGGCCUACGUCAAGCUGGAGCCACUGGGCGAAGGGUCCUAUGCGACGGUCUACAAAGGAUUCAGCAAAUUAACCUACCAGCGGGUGGCGCUGAAGGAGAUCCGACUGCAGGAGGAGGAGGGUGCCCCGUUCACGGCCAUCCGUGAGGCCUCGCUGCUGAAAGAACUGAAGCACAGCAAUAUUGUGACGCUGCACGACAUCGUGCACACCCGUGAGACGCUGACCUUUGUCUUUGAGUAUGUGAACACGGAUCUAUCGCAAUAUAUGGAGAAACAUCCUGGCGGUCUGGACCAUCGCAAUGUGCGUCUGUUCCUCUUCCAGCUGCUGCGCGGUCUCUCCUACUGCCACAAGCGUCGUGUCCUCCAUCGCGACGUCAAGCCGCAGAAUCUGCUAAUCAGCGACUGCGGCGAACUGAAGCUUGCCGACUUUGGCCUGGCCAGGGCCAAAUCCGUACCCAGUCACACAUAUUCGCAUGAGGUCGUCACGCUGUGGUAUCGUCCACCAGAUGUCCUGCUGGGCAGCACCGAGUACUCAACGUCGCUGGACAUGUGGGGCGUUGGUUGCAUCUUUGUGGAAAUGGUCACUGGGAUGCCCACAUUCCCCGGCAUACGUGAUACCUACGAUCAGUUGGACAAGAUAUUCAAAUUGCUGGGCACACCCACAGAGGAAACGUGGACGGGGGUAACCCAUUUCCCAGGCUACAAGCCGCACAAGUUGGGUUUCUAUCGGCCAAGGAAACUGGGUCACAAUUUCCCACGACUGUACGACAUCAUCGAGGGUGAGACGAUAGCGAACGCCUUUCUGCAGCUGAAUCCAGAGGAGCGGAUCGGCGCCGAUGAUGCACUGCUGCAUCCCUACUUUGCGCAGUUGCCAAAGAAACUCUACGAAUUGCCAGAUGAAACCUCAAUAUUCACCGUGGAAGGCGUGCAGCUGUACACGGAGCCAAAUCGACAGAAUAAAUGAAAAUUAAAGCAAGUCCUCUCUGUGGAUGGCGUACGUUUCUAUUGUUAGGGGAUCCUAAAAACAAAAGCCCAGCUCCCAACCCACCCCAAACCCCAAAUGAAAUA